GACAGCUGGCGCCGCGCAGUCGUGCUCCGCCGGGCGCACGGACGCACCGGCGAGCCGACGCUGGAGGCACGGGGCGCAGGCGCUGGGCCGGCGGGCAAAGAGCCGGAGCAAGAGCCGCGCGCGGGGAGUGGGCGCCAGCGGCCGCCAGUCUCCCGAGUGGCGCCCUCCUCCCGCCGGUGCCAGAGCGGGGCCAUGGGGGGCAGCAUGCCCGCGCGCGCCGCCUGAGGACGUCGUCGCCCUAGCCCCCGCUAUGGGCGCCCCGGCUCGCGCCCUCGCGUUCUGCGUGGCGCUGGCGGUCGUGACCGGCGCCGCCUCGGGGCCCCCAGGCAUGGAGCAGCGCGUCGUGCGGAGAGCGGCAGAGGCCCUGGGACCUGAGCCCGGCCAGCAGGAGCAGCUGGUCUUUGGCAGCGGGGACACCGUGGAGCUGAGCUGCCAUGCGCCUGCCGGUGGUCCCACGGGGCCCAGCGUCUGGGUCAAGGACGGUGUGGGGCUAGUGCCCUCCGACCGCAUCCUGGUGGGGCCUCAGCGGCUGCAGGUGCUCAACGCCUCCCACGAGGACGCGGGGGCCUACAGCUGCCGGCAGCGGCUCACUCAGCGCGUGCUGUGUUACUUCAGUGUGCGCGUGACCGAUGCUCCAUCCUCCGGAGAUGAUGAGGAUGAGGAGGACGAGGCUGAGGGCACAGGGGCCCCUUACUGGACGCGGCCUGAGCGCAUGGACAAGAAGCUGCUGGCGGUGCCGGCCGCCAACACCGUGCGCUUCCGGUGCCCGGCCGCCGGCAACCCCACGCCGUCCAUCUCCUGGCUGAAGAACGGCAAGGAGUUCCGAGGCGAGCACCGCAUCGGGGGCAUCAAGCUGAGGCACCAGCAGUGGAGCCUGGUCAUGGAGAGCGUGGUGCCCUCGGACCGCGGGAACUACACGUGUGUCGUGCAGAACAAGUUCGGCAGCAUCCGGCAGACCUACACCCUGGAUGUGCUGGAGCGCUCUCCGCACCGGCCCAUCCUUCAGGCAGGGCUGCCUGCCAACCAGACGGCCGUGCUGGGCAGCGACGUGGAGUUCCACUGCAAGGUGUACAGUGACGCGCAGCCCCACAUCCAGUGGCUCAAGCACGUGGAGGUGAACGGCAGCAAAGUGGGGCCUGACGGCACCCCCUACGUCACCGUCCUCAAGUCCUGGAUCAGUGAGAGUGUGGAGGCCGACGCACGCCUCCGCCUGGCCAAUGUGUCCGAGCGUGACGGGGGCGAGUACCUCUGUCGAGCCUCCAAUUUCAUAGGCGUGGCUGAGAAGGCCUUUUGGCUGCGUGUUCACGGGCCCCAAGCAGCUGAGGAGGAGCUGGUGGAGGCCGGCGAGGCCGGCAGCGUGUACGCGGGCGUCCUCAGCUACGGGGUGGGCUUCCUCCUCUUCAUCCUCGUGGUGGGGGCCGUGGCACUGUGCCGCCUGCGCACGCCCCCGAAGAAGGGCCUGGGCUCGCCCACUGUGCACAAGGUCUCCCGCUUCCCGCUCAAGCGACAGGUGUCCUUGGAAUCCAACUCGUCCAUGAACUCCAACACGCCGCUGGUGCGCAUCGCCCGGCUGUCUUCUGGGGAGGGCCCUGCGCUGGCCAACGUCUCCGAGCUGGAGUUGCCCGCCGACCCCAAGUGGGAGCUGUCCAGGGCCCGGCUGACCCUGGGCAAGCCUCUCGGGGAGGGCUGCUUCGGCCAGGUGGUCAUGGCAGAGGCCGUCGGCAUCGACAAGGACCGGGCCGCGAAGCCUGUUACUGUGGCCGUGAAGAUGCUCAAAGACGAUGCCACAGACAAGGAUCUCUCGGACCUGGUGUCUGAGAUGGAGAUGAUGAAGAUGAUCGGCAGGCACAAGAACAUCAUCAACCUGCUGGGGGCGUGCACUCAGGGCGGGCCCCUGUACGUGCUGGUGGAGUACGCGGCCAAGGGCAACCUGAGGGAGUAUCUGCGGGCCCGGCGGCCCCCAGGCAUGGACUACUCUUUUGACACUUGCAAGCUGCCCGAGGAGCAGCUCACCUGCAAGGACCUGGUGUCCUGCGCCUACCAGGUGGCGCGGGGCAUGGAGUACCUGGCCUCACAGAAGUGCAUCCACAGGGACCUGGCUGCCCGCAACGUGCUGGUGACCGAGGACAACGUGAUGAAGAUCGCGGACUUCGGCCUGGCCCGUGACGUGCACAACCUUGACUACUACAAAAAGACCACCAAUGGCCGGCUGCCCGUGAAGUGGAUGGCGCCCGAGGCCUUGUUUGACCGAGUCUACACCCACCAGAGUGACGUCUGGUCCUUUGGGGUCCUGCUCUGGGAGAUCUUCACCCUGGGGGGCUCACCGUACCCCGGCAUCCCCGUGGAGGAGCUCUUCAAGCUGCUGAAGGAAGGUCACCGCAUGGACAAGCCGGCCAACUGCACACACGACCUGUACAUGAUCAUGCGGGAAUGUUGGCAUGCAGUGCCCUCCCAGAGGCCCACCUUCAAGCAGCUGGUGGAGGACCUGGACCGCAUCCUCACUGUGACGUCCACGGAUGAGUACCUGGACCUGUCCGUGCCUUUCGAGCAGUACUCACCAGGCGGCCAGGACACCCCCAGCUCCAGCUCCUCGGGGGACGACUCUGUGUUUGCCCAUGACCUGCUGCCUCCAGCCCCACCUGGCAGUGGGGGCCCGCGGACGUGAAGGGCCACCGGCCUGCAGGCCGAGCCCCCACCAAUGUGAGAGCGGAUGCCAGCUCCCUCCCGCCCCCGCCGUGCUGCUGGUGGAGUGCUGUUGACCACUGGGGCCCCCUGGCCCGGGUCUGAGUCCUGGGACAGACGGACAGACGGACAAGACAGCUCUGUGCGUGUGUGUGUGUGUGUGUGCGCGUGUGCACACGCGCCUGUGUGUGGGUGUGAGUGAGUCUUGGGGCCCCGGCACGGGGAUCCCCGGGGUGCCCGCCCUGCUGUACAAUGACCUCCUGGCCAGCGGCGCAGCAGCACCAGGGGGACGAAUGUAGAAUGUAAAGGGGUUCCUUCUGGGGCCCCUGCCCCAGGCUCCCCUCCCCCCACCGGCUGCCUCCCAGGGAGCCCCGGGGGUAUGGCCUGGCUCUGGCAUGCAGUGUAGGGUCUUGGGCUGAGCCUGCGGGGUCGCCCCUCUGUGGCAGGCCCCCCACCCACGCGACACCUUGUGCCUGGGGGUGAGUGUGAGCACGCAGCCCCCCACCUCCAGCCUUCCCCACGUCCCACCCUGCUCCUUGGAGACGGAAUUACGGGUACCUGAAGGCAGGAGCCUUUAACUUCUCUCCGAGAGGUUCAUUCCAGAAAUGAGUGUACAUUUAUAUAAAUAGGAGCUGUGUGUAGGAUACACACAUAUAUAUAUAUAAAUACCUAUACGGAAGAAGGGCUGGUGUCACAGGCACGGGACCCCGGGGGCCCAGGGAGCCCCCCGAGGGAUUUGCUGUGGAGACGAGCACAAACACCAGCAGAUGAUGGAGGGGCUUUUCUGGCAGUUUUGUUUUAAAAAUUGUACCUGGACCUGUAUAUUUGUAAAGCUAUUUAUCAACCCCCAGAACCCCUGUCCCUGUCUCGCCACCGGCCCCCCCACGUUCAUAGUGUUGAGACAGCCGCGUGGCAGAGAGGUUUCAGUUUUAACUUAUUAACAGCUGAGAAGGGUCCUGCUUCGUUUAGAGGCCCUGCGGGGGACGUGCAUCGUGCUGGGCAGCACCCCAAAGCCCAGCCCGUUCCCUGGCGCCCUUAAGGGCCAUUCAUAGUUUGAGGUGAUUCUAGUGAGGAUGUUUUAUUUCCUUUGGCCUUCUUUUGCAGGGGAAUUAGAUUUCUAUAGGGUUUUUCUUUAGGAAAUUUAUUUUUGGGGACUUCAAGGCAAGCUGGUAUUUUCCUCCAAGUUCUAAUUGCCAUGUGUUCUGGGUGGGGAGGCAGCUUCCAGUGGGGGCCAACCCUGCACGCAGGCUCAGAUGUUAUUAGAUGUUACAAGUUUAUAUAUAUCUAUAUAUAUAAUUUAUUGAGUUUUUACAAGAUGUAUUUGCUGUAGAUUUAACACUUAUUACGCAAUGCUUCUAGACUUUUAUAGCCUGGACUGCCACCUUUCAAAGCUUGGGAGAGAAAGCCGUGAAUUCAGUUUUGUUCCUUUUUGUACUGUUAAUGGCCCGCGUUUGGGGGGCUGUUUUUUGCUCAUCAGCUGGCCAGCCGGGCAGUUGUUCAGGGUGGUCUUUGUUCUCAGCGGCCCCCCCACCCGCCUUACGGGGGCCAAAGGUGGCGGCCCAAACUGGCAGACAUGCUUUCCAAAAAAUAAAGAGAGACGACUGG